UUCUUUCUCAUACGAAGCAAUUAACACGAUGCAUUGAGAACUUUCUGUUUUGAUUGCAUCUCAGAAUUCCCUUUGAACAGUUACUGGAUGGAUGAGGAACUUGCUGUGUGUGUUAAUAGUAAGUUAGUAAUAAUUAAAGGAGUUUCUGUAACUCUCAUCAAGACAUGGUUCCUCUUCAGAAAGACCCCUGACUCUUCUGGCUUCUGCUGCCAGUAACCUGGACGGAAAACCCUGGCUUGUGAAGAUGAUGUCAUAGAGAUGAGACAGAAUUUAAAAGCCAGAGCGUCUAACUCUGAAGGACCCAGACGUGACUUUGAGCAGAGGACGGACAACACACACACACACACACACACACACACACACACAGAGGACUGACUGACUGCUGCUGAGUCACUGGAGCUCAGCAGACAGACACGCAUACGGAGAGAGUUGGUGAGAAAGCAAAAGUCUGUCAAGGAGCAUCCAGUCAGAGCAGGUCAUAUUAAAUCUCCUCAGUCAUAACACUGCAAUAAGAUCAGUCUCCACAUCGUCUGGGACCUAAAUGGACCCAGUAGCUCCCAAGCUUUAUUCCCCAGUCUAGAAGAAAUACAACUGACAUCAUAAAAGCCAAACAGCCUCCUCAUGAAGCUUUAAUUCCCCGGCCAUUAAAAAUAACAGGGUCACAUCGGCUUUCCUGUUUUUAAUGCAACUUUUCCACGAGUGACGACACGCGUUAUUGAAAAUCAGUGCGUCUUCUGUCUUGAAUUUCUAGGAUGCAUCCAAGGGUUUUUCCCAAACAGCAUCCCAUGUCUAUCAUGCGUCCCCAACAGGCAGGAUUUGUUCAGCUACAACCACUGAGUCUACAUGCUGUAGUAGCAGAGAGGACACACACACCGCCACAGUGUUCUCCCUUAUAGGAACAGACUACUUUUCUUAAUGUGGUAUCCACAGUGUUUAAUAAAAACACAUUAUGUCAUAUCUCCAGUUUUUAGUAUAAAAGUAGAAGCAAAACUAAACUCGGCCAGGACUUGUUCUGUCGGCUUAGUCUCACGAGACAUCUUGGAGACAAAGUGGGGGAGUGGAUGGUGUGUGCCACAAACCUAAAUCCGCAUUGGAAAGCACCACCUUGCAACCUUGUGGUCGGUGUCACCUGCACGAGGAACAGAUGAGGAUAAAGUCCGGUCGUACGCUUGUGUGUUUUCAGGAAGUGUCCCAGCUCGCCACAGAGGAAGUGUCUGUAUUUAGACUGAUGUGACCAGUCUUUCAUCUUUAGUCGUCACUCGUCAGGCAGCUCGAUUAAAGGUCAAAGGUCUGUGUGAUUUUGUGCGCAGGAAGAGCUGAUUUCACAUGCGUGUUUUUUGGCCUUUGUGCCUAUUCUUGUAUGCCUGUGUAUCUUUUUUUGAGGAUGGUGCUGUUGAGGAUGCCUUUUCUCACUAGAGUGUGUUGAGAGUGACGCAGGAACGCCAAAAUGCAACAACAGCUAGCUGGUCUGAAAUAGAGGAGAUGGCAACUGUUUGCUCCACGCGGCCUCUCAGUACAUGCUGGGCGUUCAGGACACGGACCUGGUGCUUCGGAAAGCCCUGCAUGGUGUUUUAAAAGAGACUGACACUGGCGUCUUCAGAGCUCGCUUCCAGGCGGAGCUGCUCCAGUCCCAGGAGUUCACACAGACCGGACUACGAUACACCACAAUGAACUGGGAGGAGGAGUGGGAAAAGAUUGUGAAGAUGGCGUCUCCGGCCUCCGGUAGCAACGGCCUCCAGUUUGACUCUCUGGAGGACAUUCACAUCUUCGUCCUCUCCAACAUUCUCCGCCGACCCAUCAUCGUCAUCGCAGACCAGGUGGUCAGGAGUAUGAAAUCUGGCUCCUCCAUCUCGCCUCUGAAUGUGGGUGGGAUUUAUCUGCCACUACACUGGCUGCCCACAGAGUGCUACAAAUACCCAAUCGUGCUCGGCUACGACUCCCAGCACUUUGCACCCCUCAUCACCAUUAAAGACAGCGGCCCAGAGAUCCGAGCAGUACCGCUGAUCAACCCAGGACGAGGGGGCUUUGAGGAGCUGAAGGUUCACUUCCUGAUGGAGAAAGAACAGCAACAGAGAGAGAGGCUUCUCAAGGACUACCUGCUGCUGAUAGAGAUCCCCGUCAUAGGCUUGGGCUACGACACCACUCGGAUCAUCAAUGCUGCACGGCUGGAUGAGGGCAACCUCCCUGAAGACAUGAACCUGAUGGAGGACUACCUGCAGCUUGUCAACCACGAGUACCAGCGCUGGCAGGAGGACAAGGAGCUGGCGUGGGCCGCCCAGCCGCAGCGCCCACCGCCCUUCUCCGUCUCCCAGCUCUCCCUCAUCGAGAUCCGUUGCGCCACACCGCGAUGCACCUUCUACGUCUCUGUGGACACGCAGCCUCAUUGCCAUGAAUGCUUUGAGAAGCGACAGGCCACCACCGGUGGAGGAAUAAGGAUUGAAGGGGUCGUGCAGACCAAGGGGGGAGGGGUACAAUGUGGGGUGGGAGUGAUAGGGGGAUCAGAGACUGAGGUGAGCUCCAGAGGAGCCCGAGGCAGCAGCCCCACAUCCUCCACGUCUGGGAGAGGGGUGGUGAUAUCCAGCCCCCGCUCAGCACCCCCAACCGCUCCCAGCCUCAGCCUGUAUAGUGAAACUCAUGCCAUGAAGUGCAAGACACCCGGCUGCCUCUUUACCCUUAGCGUGGAGCAUGAUGGACUUUGCGAGCGCUGCUUCAACUCCAGGCAGAACCUUGGACCCCCUGGAGCUGGAACAGCUGCUCCAGGAGUCCCAGGCCCCAAUGGGGGGCCUACAGUCCCCCACCCGGCCCAGGGCACCGGCUGGACCCAGUGGGGCGGCCGCGAGACAGAGACAGAGACAGAGCGAUGCAGCAUGUGCAGACAGGAGGCGUUCAGGAUAUUCAAUGGCCUGUGUCCACCCUGCAUGCAGAGACAGCAGCCUCCAGAGAGGGAAGAGCCGCAGCAGAACAACCCCAGGACUGAGGCCUUGUCUUCAGCUUGGACCCAGGCUAGGGACACUGAGAGGCCGUGCCUCACCCUAACCCCGGGGCACACCUCAGCCUGGCAAGCCCCUCUGGCCCGGCCUUGUAAAAGAUCCGGCUGCCAGUUCUUUGGGACGCCGGAGAAGUUGGGUUUCUGCACUAUUUGCUACGUAGACUAUCAGACCAACCACCACCUGACCCCUCCCCCCGCCCCGGUCCAGAGCCGGCAUGGUGUGGAGGCAGGCUUCCAGAACGCCUCCCGGUGUCGAGGGCCUGGGUGUGGUGCAGUUGGCAAGGCAAUGCUGGAGGGCUACUGCGACAAGUGCUACGUCAAAGAGCAAAGCACACGGCUCAACCAAGUGGCACAACGCACACCACACUCGCCUCCUCUGGUCAUGCGUGACCGAGCAGCCAAACCCAGAUCUUCACAGCAAUCCCAGACCCAGACCCAGACCCAGACCCAGACUCAGACCCAGACCCAGACUCAGUGCCGACGGAGUGGCUGCAGUAAUGUGUCCCCGGGUUGCACAGACCUCUGCCCCGAGUGCCACACACGCGGCCAGGGCAGAGAGGCGGGCAGACGGGCGCAGGCGCCUAAAGAAAAGUCCAAGCAGCGGUGCCGGACGCAGGGCUGCGACCACUACGCCAACGCAGAGAAACAGGGCUACUGCAACGAGUGUGACCACUUCAAACAGAUUUACCGCGGCUGACCACAUGCACACCCACGCAACCACGAUGACGACACAUCGCUAUCACGCUCGAGCCGCCGCCCUGCUGUUGGCGCCCCAUGCCAGUCAAUGCACCUCUGAUACUAACUAACCAACUAACUAACUAGCUAGUGAAUAACUAGUAACCUUAUGGCCUGAAAACCAAACCCCCCCCACCCUCACCCCCCUCCCCUGUGUAGAAUGUGAAGAGAGCGCGAGAGAGAGUGUGAGUGUGUGUGUGUGUGGGGGGGUUGGGUUGGGGGGUGAAUGUGUGUGUGUUCGCAGUAGACAUGGCCUCCAGAAUACCUCUUUGUGCAAUUAUUAUCAUCUGAUGUGCCCUGUGCACUUCCACGGUGAGAGGUUUGGCUACAUGUCAGAGCAACUGACUUUACUCUUGUGUACAAUAUGUAUUUAGAGGUACGUCGUGAAUCGUGCCGGACAAAAAUGAUUGUAUGUUGACAUAACGAGAAGCAUCUGACAUUGCUUUCUAGACCACAGCCAAGGAUUUACACCCGCCGUCUGUCUGUCUUAACACAUCUGUGUAUCCGUCUGCCCGUCUGUCGAGCAUUUGCCCCGUAGAAGGAGGGAUGCGGUAGUUGAGGAAGCCCAGCUAGAUAUCUGUGGAAGUAGUAAGCAGAAGUGAGCCACACUGGGCCAAAGCGUAUCAAAGCUUGAAACGAAAUGAAAUGGCAUGCGCCAUUUGUUUAGCUUGGUUCUCCAAAAAAAAAACACUCAUGUAUGUCCUCCAAAUAAAGACUAAAGAUUUGCCGAGAAAAGCUCCUGCAAUCAAUAUUGUAAAAAAAAAAAAAGGAUCAAGACCUUAAUUUUCUUCCAUUUGUCAGUCGAAAAGCAGUUUAUAUUUU